UUGCCAGUGAGUGGAAGCUGAUUUGGAGGAUUAAAGCGCGCAAACAAACACAAAUACACACACACACUAAAUUGAGGGAUAGAGAGAUAGAGGCGGUUUCACAUUUUGUAUGCGGUGAGAGGCGUCUUCGGGAGCUAGGGAAGUGAGAAGUUGCAUGAGAAGUUUUUUAUUGUUCAAGUCGUUUUUGGUUUUCUGCUAGCUGCGGAUGAUGUCGAGAUAGAAAUGCUUGAAGAGAAUUGUUUGCAUCGGCAUUUUUUGGCGACUCGUCAAGAUUGAGAUUGAAACUUUUUGUAGAGGAAGUGAAUAGGCACGACGAGUAGAGGACUCAAAUGUUUCUAAGCAACUUGCUGUAUAAGAAUUGGAAAAUUUAGUUGUAGCAGGCAAAAAAGUCCCAAUUUGGCAAAAAAUUUAGUUGUAGCUCAAGAUCAAAAAUCUGAUCCGCCGCACAACUGUAGAAUGGAUGACGAGAGACGUGUCAGUGAAAAAAUGGAGAAUAAUGAGAUGAGUGAAGCUCAACACAUUGAAAAGCUGCCAUUUUCAGCACAAGAAAAAUCACAUGAGGUUCGGGAAAUAGGACUAAGUAACGGAGAGAUUUCCCAUAAUGAAGAUGCACACAAACAAGAACCAACAUUGGAAAAUGUGAGGAUAUGUCUAGAUUCUGAAUAUUUAGAGGUUACAUCCCAGAAUGGGCUCAGUUGUAUUGAAGACAUGGGCAUACCUCCAGGCACAACUUUUAUUAAACCUGGCUGUGGAGCGUUAGUACCAUUGAAAGUGGAAGCUACUAAUGACAAUGAUGCUGUUAUCCUGGAAAAUGAUGGUACAGGGUCUUCCAGGCAACGAAGAAAGAGAAAAACUGAAUUAGAAGGUCCGUCAAGUACCUCAUUGCUUUUACGUUCAAGAUCACAAGAAAAACCUAAGGCUCCCGAGCCUGUUGCUGUUGAGAUUGUUAACGAAGGCAGUGCUAAUAUAGAAAAGAAAAAGAGGGGAAGAAAACCGAAGAAUAUGCAGAAAACUACUGUCAGUGAGUUCUCUAGAAAGAAAAAUCAUCUAAGAUAUUUGUUGCACAAGAUAAGCUACGAGCAAAACUUAAUUGAUGCUUAUUCUGCUGAAGGCUGGAGAGGGCAAAGCUUGGAAAAAUUAAAGCCAGAAAAGGAGCUCGAGAAGGCUAAAUCCCGGAUUCUGAAUUUCAAAUUGAAGAUAAGAGCAUUGUUUCAGAGCCUUGAUCAGUCACUUGUUAUGGGAAAGCUUCCUGAAUCUCUAUUUGAUGCACGAGGAGAGAUCGACAGUGAAGAUAUUUUCUGUGCAAAAUGUGGCUCUAAGGAUCUGACCCUUGAUAAUGAUAUCAUUCUUUGUGAUGGUGCCUGCGAACGAGGAUUCCAUCAAUUCUGCCUGGAACCACCUCUCUUAAAAGCAGACAUUCCUCCAGGCGACGAAAGCUGGCUUUGCCCUGGAUGUGAUUGUAAAGCUGAUUGCAUUGACAUGCUUAAGGAUGUUCAAGAAAAAAAAAUUUCUAUCAUUGACAGUUGGGAGAAGAUCUUUCCUGAAGCUGCUGCUGCUGCAUCAGGCAAGAAAAUGGAUGAAAGUUCUGGGUUAUCAUCAGAUGAUUCUGAGGAUGAGGAAUAUGACCCUGAUAAGCCUGAUAGUUCGGAGAAGGUUGAAGGAAAUGAAUCAAGUUCAGAUGAAUCUAGCUCCUUUACUGCACCUGAUGAUUUAGCUGCUUCUAAUAAUAAUGAAAAGUAUCUGGGACUUCCUUCUGAUGAUUCAGAAGAUGAUGAUUUCAAUCCCUCUGCUCCAAAUCAAGAUAAUCAGGUGAAGCAGGAUAAUUCAAGUUCGGAUUUUAGCUCUGACUCAGAGGACCUUAGAGCUCUGAUUGAAGAUGAGACUGCCACUAGUGAAGAUCACACACAAAAGUCACAAGGCUUUAGUGAAGAGAUUUCCACCGUGGGUAGGAAAAAGAGGCAAUCACUAAAAGAUGAGCUGUCAUACCUUGCGGAGGCUAGUGCAGAACCUCUGUCCAGAAAGAGACAUGUAGAAAGGCUGGACUACAAAAAAUUAAAUGAUGAAACAUAUGGAGAUUCUGCUUCUGAUUCAAGCGAUGAGGAUUUUGAUGAUAUCGUUAGGAAGAGAACGAAAGUUGAUCGUGACGGGGUGAAUUUUUUUGAUGAAACUCCUGUUACACCGAGUAAUACACACAAAGUGGAUGAAAACCAAAUAGAGAAGCAUAUUCCUAAAAGAACCCGGAGAAAUCAUUCUGAUGGACGCACAACUGAGCCAUCAGCCGAAGCUGCUUCUGCUAGUGCAAGUGCUAAAAAAUCAACUCAGAAACGGCGGCUUGGAGAAGCUACAACAAAGAGAUUACUUGCAGCCUUUAAUGAGAACCAAUACCCUGACAGAGCUACGAAAGAAAAUCUGGCAAAAGAACUAGGGCUUGAUUUUCGACAGGUUCGCAAAUGGUUUGAUAAUACACGCUGGAGCUUUAAUCACAGACCAUCUACUGGUGCUGAUGGCGGCACGCCUUCCCAUCAGAACACAGAAUCAAGUGCGAUCUCUACGCAGAACCAUAUUUUGAAACCGGGAGAGGAAAUGUUGGUAACUGGAGAUUCUUCAGAAAACCCGGAAACUAAAAAGAGGAAGGGUAAGGCUCCAGGCGAUGAGCUGAAUGGGCUAGGAAAUAUACAGAGCGCACAACUUCAUAGCACAAACGCUGUUUCUUGAUCAUCCAUUUUGAUGUUCCUUGCAAAACAUAUUCGACUUCCACAGAACUCAUAUGACAUUACCAUGUUUCUCUGUGUCCUAACAAGUUACAUUGUAGCUCAUCACCUGGGAUUCGAAUGCUGUUUCAUCUCAACAGCCGGGCCGUGGGUGAUCCGCCUGCCUCAUGGAUCCAAACCAGUUUGGGCUCCAUCCAUGGUCUCAACCCAGAGAAUGGUGUAAUAAUUGUCUGUCAGUAAAAGUUUUUAACUUGGUGAUGAAACCUUAAGUUGAAGCUCAACUUAUCCGUUCUGAAACUAAUUUUCUUAUACAAAAGAUGUUUUGUGCAUUGAUGAAGGCCUGUGAAACUUAUGGAUCCAUAUAGUCCAGCAUCAUUUUUCUUGAGAAACAAGAUCAGUUUAUUACAGACUAGGGAGGGUGAAUGAAUAGUAUUUUGUUUAUCAAAUUUUUUACUCAUAUUGAGCAUUUUGAGCUU